AUGCUGCAAGACAAAUCGCACAUCGUCGCGCAGCUGAGCAGCAAGGAAAAGGUGCUGGCGGAAGAGGUGACCAACUUGAGCAAGAAGCAAAAGUUUUUGGAAAAGCAAGCGUCGGAUGCUCAAGGUCACAUGCGGGACAUUUUCAGAGGCGUGGAAGCUCAACAAGCAGCUCAGGCUUCAUGA